AUGAUCGAGACAGAUAUUGAUCGACCUCAUAUACAAGGUCUAGCCCAAGAAGAAAACCGAGAUUUAGAAGGUGUAUUGAACCCAUCCGAUUCCGUAGACACACAGUCACGUAUUGGGGACAAUGGAGCUUUACAAAUUCAAGCGGACCACUUUCGGGAAGCACUGAACAAGACAAUUGAUCAAAGGGACAACACAGAGAACCCUGAGGGGGUCAUAGAGUUAGAGGAGAGAAUAAUUGCUCUUAGAAAAGCUAUGAUGAGAACACUCCAACAGAGGGAGAUAGAAGAAGUGAGAGCACAGCAGGAAGAAGAUGUUAGUAGACUGCAAAGGUUUAAAGAGUGGGCUAAGGAGAAUAUGCUAGGUUUGUCUGCCAUUGCUAUCACAGUCGCUGGAAUUAUCACAACGGUUGUCAUAGGAGCUCGAACGGCUAUUAUUAAAGGUGCUCAGGCCACAAGUAAGUUCGCUAAAGCUCUUGCCAACCUAGGGAAGAAACUGGGACCAACGCUACUACCACUGUUUAACAUGCUGGCGAAGCUUGUGUCACUAGGUGCAAAGGGUCUGGCUUGGUUGGCAAGCAAUCUGUGGGUCCUAGCCAUUGCGGUCGCUUGGUUUGCAUAUGACUACUUUAAGGAGAGGAGGAGAAAGAAGUAA